AUGGUUGAGAUUUUGUACGGAUGCUCCAUCGGAACUAAAAGCCCAUACAACUACUACUACUACUACUACUACUACUACUACUACUACUACUACUACUACUACUACUACUACUACUACUACUACUACUACUACUACUACUACUACUACUACUACUACUACUACUACUACUACUACUACUACUACUACUACUACUACUACUACUACUACUACUACUACUACUACUACUACUACUACUACUACGACUACUACUACUAUUACUACUACUAAUAA